AUGUCUGUUACUUUACAUACUGAUCUUGGUGAUCUCAAGAUUGAAAUAUUUUGUGAAUCUGUUCCUAAAACAGCUGAAAACUUUUUAGCUUUAUGUGCAAGUGGAUAUUAUGACAAUAAUUUAUUUCAUAGAAAUAUUCCAGGAUUCAUGAUACAAACGGGUGAUCCAACAGGCACAGGAAAAGGAGGUAACUCUAUUUGGGGCAAAAAAUUCAAUGAUGAAAUCCGAUCCACUUUAAAGCAUAAUGCUCGUGGGAUUGUCUCUAUGGCUAAUUCAGGACCAAAUACAAAUGGCUCACAAUUUUUCAUUAUAUAUGGAAAACACCCUCACUUAGAUACGAAAUAUACAGUUUUUGGCAAAGUGAUUGAUGGAGCAGAUUCAACUUUAGAUGCUUUGGAGAAGCUUCCAACUGACGAAAAGAAUAGACCACUUCAAGACAUUCGUAUCAAAUCAGUGACUAUUCAUGCUAAUCCUAUUGCAGAUAAGCAAUUGUAA